AUGCGUCAUGCCUCCGGGUUCCAGCAGCAGAGCUAUGGCAUGCGCCAGGAGGCUCAGCAACAGAGCUAUUCAAUGCAUCAGGAGGCAGCUUGGCACUCAAAAGAUGACUAUCGCAACAACCAUAUUUCAGCCUUUUCAGGUGUUCAGAUUGUGCCUUCUUCAUGCCUCAACUCUCAGCUGUUGAAGCACAAUUUGAUGUUUGAUGGAAGCCAAGCUCUGCAGUUGCAUGAUGGCAGCUGGCAUGCCCAAAACAUGAACCAAAAUGGAUGGUGUGGCUCCUAUAACCAUGCCUCUGGUGCCAAAAAGUUAAUGCCUCUCAUAGACGUCACCAAUGCCUCACAGUUUUCACAAGGUGCUGUGUUCAACAAUGCAAUGGAGAAUGUUGAAUGUGAGACUAGUUUCCAUGAGGUGCAUGUUCCUGCAACAAUGAGAGUGCAGGAAAUGAGAUAUGAGCGCAGUGUUUGGGGUAAUCACGACGGCCUUCAGUACUGCCAUGGCUUCGAUGACAACGUGAGGUGGAAGCGCAACGGGGGCUGGAAAUCUGAGUGGCUGUCAAAGGGAGCCUAA